UGAUGAUCCCUCUCGGUGACUUGCAAUGGCUGAUCGUUGAAUUGCAAUGCGUGGUGCUUUGGGACCUAUAUUUAUAUUCUCUUUGAUAUUCAACAUCCAAGACAUAUACAAAUAGGAAACUAUGGCUAAUUUAAGGACCCGGACUUAAGCAAACAUGGUUGAUGGUGUUUGGUGAUGGUUGAUGCCUUUGUCAAGUUAAAUAAUCAAAACCCCGGCAAGUGGUCCGUGGUAGGCAACAUAAAUUAUGCUUAGUUCGAAAUACACAGAGCUAAAUAUGGAGGAAUGCUCCAGCUCCAGUGGUAGUAGAAUGAGUGAACUCCAAAUUCUCUACCAAGAAAUCGACAAUAGUUUAUUCAGUCUGCCAACACGCGAACAGGACGACGAAGACGUACAGUUUGAUAUGUCUGACCUGAAGAACCAGGAGGUGCUGUCGGCUGGUAAACUGUAUACAUCCAUCGAGGAGUUUGCCUCAGUCAUCCCAAACCACCUGCUUUUGGGCUCACUUCUGGAGCAUCUGUGCUUCGUCUACGAGAGCGAUCCCAAACGCUCUCGCAUGCUCUUCAAAGUCAUCGGCCAGCGUUUAACCACCAUGAACCUCGUCUCACCAUUGGCCGUCAGCGAUGAGUUCAGCACCGUCAGACUCCAACACAACCGGGCCUUCACUGAGCUGCUCCACGCCGCUAGCUCCUCCCUAUUCCCUCAGAGUCAGCAGCUUCUAAGUGCAGACGCACUUGGCCUUCCUGCAAGGCUGAAAGAGAGUUUAUUUCAGGCACAGACGUCGCGCUACCUCAGCGAGUUUGAAGAAAUCGGUAGACUGGGAAAAGGAGCAUAUGGCAAGGUUUUCAAGGUCAUAAACAAGCUAGACGGUCAGAGUUACGCCGUGAAGAAGAUUCUCAUCAAGAACGUCUCAAGGAAUGACUGCAUGAAGGUGCUACGAGAGGUCAGAAUGCUGUCGAGCAUGCAGCAUGUCUGCGUGGUGGGCUACCACACGGCUUGGAUGGAGCACGUCCAGCCCCCAGCUUACCCCAAUUCUCCUCUGCCUGCGCUGGAAUCCCCUGCUCCACAGUUUAGCGGCGACGAAAGCCCCGGCUGCAGCAGCAACGGGUCCUCCAUCGUCUUCCAGAGCGGCAGCUGGGUCCAGUCGGACCCCGCUUCGCGGGGCAAGGACGCUCCCGGAUCGCUCCCUCCCAUCACAGCCCUGCUCCCCUCCUCCUCCUCGUGUCCCAAGCUGGCGCGGCGCCUCCCGGAGAGCUACGUGCCGUGCGUUUUCCUGGGUCAGAAGGCGGCGGCGGCGGCGGUGGCGGCGGCUAAGGCCUGCCCCGCGCUGGCCUGGGACGGCUCGGCUCUGGAGAGGGAUGAUUGGUCGGGCACCAGUGGGACGGACCGCCAGCCGGAGCCCGGCGUGGACCCGGCGGGGCAGCAGCCUGACGAUAAGAUAUGGCUCAAGGAGGUACAGUUCCACCUGAUGCUCUACAUACAGAUGCAGCUCUGUGAGCGAUCUCUGAAGGACUGGAUAUCGGAAAGGAAUUCUCGGCCUUCAGAGGAGCUCUCCUCAAAAUGUCCCUAUGCCUUGGUGGAUGUGGAACACACACUCUGCUUGCUUCGGAAAACACUGGAAGGUGUGGAAUACAUUCACUCCAAGGGAAUGAUGCACAGAGACCUCAAGUCUGACAUGUACAGCAUAGGUGUGUUGGCCCUGGAGCUGUUUCAACCCUUUGGGGCAGAGAUGGAGCGAGUGUGCACCCUGGAGAAACUUCGAGAAGGAAGUCCAGCAACUCUCUCAAUUCCACCGAAUAUCUUCCUUCAUGGUCAAGACAGUCAAGUCAGGAUUGGAGACUUUGGUCUGGCCUGCAAGGAUAUAUUGGUGAAUGAUCAGGAUCCAUUGCCGUUUGCCUCCAACAUUAAUGGUUCUCAGCAUACAGCAGGUGUGGGCACAUUUGUGUACGCUGCCCCAGAGCAACUAGAGGGCUCUUACUACAAUUCAAAGUCGGACAUGUACAGCAUAGGUGUGUUGGCCCUGGAGCUGUUUCAACCCUUUGGGACAGAGAUGGAGCGAGUGCGCAUCCUGGAGAACCUUCGAGAAGGAACAGUCCCCGACUCCUUCAGCUAUCGGUGGCCAAUCCUGGCCAAGUACGUCACGCAGCUAACCAGCAAGGACCCUGGCGUCCGGCCCACCGCCAGCCAGCUCCUGCAAAGCGAACUCUUCAACAGUAAAGACUUGGUGAUACAUGGGCUUCAACGGCGGGUGGAGGAGCAGGAAGAGGAGAUCAGUGUGCUCCGGAGACAAAUCAGUGCGCUCCAGAUCUCACAAAGCUCUCCUGGUGGUUCUGACAUUAACACUGGACAUUGAGAAACAACCUUGACUCAACAGACAAUUCAAAGUAUAUUUAUUUAUGGCUCAACAUGUUCAGCUACCUGGACCUUGCAUUCAUUCAGAAUUGGUGGUGAAAAACACCCUGCAUGACACUGUGUGUGUGUGUGUGUGUGUGUGUGUGUGUGUUUGGGGAAAAUGCUUAAUCUUACCUAAUAAGAUAGGUAUAAUGGUUUUAGCUUUAUAAUAAAACCCUUAUCCAAUU